GUAUGUAGUCCUUUUUGUACGGUCAUAGUGGUUCAACUUUCGAGUAAUGUACGUCAAAUCUGUGAUAAAAUAAUAGAGUUGCGCUGUAAAAUUUUGUAGAAAUUAAUUCAAAUUGAAUUUAUUUUUCAUGUGUAACGAAAAGCGAAACUGUUCGCAGCACCGAUGGUAAUUAUUCGAUUGUAUUUGCGCGUGUAAAAAUCUCGUUCGAGUUGUUUUCAUUUCGAUGAUAAUGAAUUUACGUUUUUAGCUGUUUCCCAAAUGGUGUAGUAAUAAUGCAAAUGUUGCUCGAAAAUCGUGAAUAUCACCAGUGUUUCGUUAAUAUGUCUCCGCGGGUAAAUUAUUUCGGUAAAUUCGAGUUUUAGUGAGGUUUAAGUGAUAAAAAGUAGCAGAAAAAUGGCUGAUUUGGAGGCAGUGCUGGCCGAUGUCAGCUACUUGAUGGCUAUGGAGAAGAGCAAGCUCGUACCAGCUGCCAGAGCCAGUAAAAAAAUCAUACUACCAGAUCCCAGCGUUCGAAGUGUGAUGCAUAAAUACUUGGAGAAGAAAAACGAAGUUCAUUUCGAUAAAAUUUUCAACCAAGUGUUCGGAUACCUGUUGUUUAAAGAUUUUUGCAAAACGUUACCAGAAGGAAAGCUACCAGAAUUGGAAUUUUACGAUGAGAUAAAACAUUUCGAAAAAGUCGAAUCAGUCGAUGAAAGAAGAGACUUGGCGAAAAAAAUUUACGACGAAUUCAUCAUGAAAGAAUUACUUUCUCAUACACACAAUUACCCACAAGAAGCGGUCGCUCAUGUACAAGCGUGUCUGGUAAAAAACGACGUACCCGUAAAUCUUUUCGAGCCUUAUAUACCAGAAAUAUUCAGCAGAAUGAGAGGAGAACCGUUUCAAAAAUUUUUAGAAAGUGAGAAAUACACGAGGUUUUGCCAGUGGAAAAAUCUAGAACUUAAUAUACAAUUAUCGAUGAACGACUUCAGCGUACAUCGUAUCAUCGGCAGAGGAGGUUUCGGCGAAGUGUACGGUUGCCGAAAGGCGGAUACCGGUAAAAUGUACGCGAUGAAAUGUUUAGAUAAGAAACGAAUAAAAAUGAAACAAGGAGAAACAUUGGCGUUGAACGAACGUAUUAUGCUGUCUCUAGUCAGUACAGGGGAAGAUUGCCCUUUUAUCGUAUGCAUGACGUAUGCGUUCCAUACGCCGGAUAAAUUGUGUUUUAUAUUAGAUUUGAUGAAUGGCGGAGAUCUGCAUUAUCAUUUAUCGCAACACGGCGUAUUUAACGAACAAGAAAUGAGAUUUUACGCUGCCGAGGUUAUUUUAGGUUUAGAACAUAUGCAUAGAAGAUAUAUUGUAUAUAGAGAUCUGAAACCGGCUAACAUUCUGCUUGACGAGCACGGCCAUAUUAGAAUUUCCGAUCUCGGUUUAGCUUGUGAUUUCUCCAAAAAGAAGCCUCAUGCCAGUGUAGGAACGCACGGCUAUAUGGCUCCUGAAGUUCUUUCAAAAGGCACAUGUUACGAUUCAAGCGCUGAUUGGUUCUCGUUUGGUUGUAUGCUGUAUAAAUUACUCAAAGGACACAGUCCGUUCAGACAACAUAAGACUAAAGAUAAACACGAAAUUGAUCGCAUGACGUUGACUUCGAACGUCGAGUUACCAGAUACAUUUUCAAAAGAACUGAAAGGAUUGUUGGAAAAUCUACUGCAUCGUGAAGUGAACGAAAGAUUAGGUUGUAGAGGACGAGGAGCCGACGAAGUGAAAGAACAUCCGUUUUUCAACGGCUUAGAUUGGCAACAGGUGUACAUGCAAAAGUACCCUCCACCUUUGGUGCCACCUCGAGGCGAAGUAAACGCUGCGGAUGCCUUCGAUAUAGGAUCAUUCGACGAAGAAGAUACUAAAGGAAUCAAACUAACCGACGCCGAUCAAGAAUUAUAUAAAAAUUUCUCGCUAGUGAUAUCGGAAAGAUGGCAAAACGAAGUCGCCGAAACUGUAUUCGAAAGCGUUAAUCUAGAAACUGAUAAAAUUGAACAAAAGAAGAAGGCUAAACAGAAGCAGCGGUUCGACGAUGAUGAAAAAGAAUCGGACUGCAUAUUACACGGCUACAUCAAGAAACUAGGCGGUCCGUUCGCUUCAGCUUGGCAAACUCGAUACGCGAAACUAUACCCAAACAGGUUGGAGCUACAUCCAGAAUCCGGCAACGGUAAACCGGAGCUGAUAUUUAUGGACCAAUUAGAAGACGUUAGCGGCGAUCUGGUCAUCGUCAAGAACGAACAAUGCAUUAUAUUAAAAACUAAGGAUACAAAAAUCGUGCUCACGAAUUCGGACGAAAUAGGCUUGAAAGAAUGGGCGGUAUCGCUUCGUUCAGCGUACAAGUGUUCCUUAGAGCUGCUGAAGAACAUCGGCGGCAAAGUGAAUAAGAUAAUCUACGGAAGUACGCGCGGCAGCAACGACAAGAGCAGCAGCGGCGCUAUCAUAGCGCCUCAAAAUACCAACGGUCAUUAGCGCUGGCGUCUCGACGAUGGUGGCAUCGGAGCACGUAAUCCGCAAAGUGACCGUAGCGCCGGCGAUCGUGUGGCAGUAUAGCGACGAAGUAUCUCGCUCGUUCUCCGAAAACUUAUAGAUAUUCGUGUAUUUUUUUCUUUUUUUUUGUUCUCCAUAGGUAUCUACGCAUCGUACAUGUACUUGGUUUUUGUAGCAAGAUCCCUCAUCUCCGUCAUCCCGUUCUAUAAGACGCGCGACUCGAGAAAUGGCCGAAAUCGAAAGAUUCGCAUCCGGCAAUCGAUCGCAUUCGAAGAUCGUGAUCAUUCGAAAUUAACCGCUUCGCGUAUCCGGCUGCUUGGAAGAACGAAGCAGCUCGUAUGAUGUUCGUGACGCCCGGUGCGUCGAGUCGUCGGUGUCAUUUUUACGUAAUUUUUUCGUUUUCGCAAAGGUAAGCACUGUGUUUUGUCUUUCAAGCGUUCAUUUUCUCUCGGCGAUUCGCGAGAUCUUGUGUUAAGGUGGCGUUGUUGUUAAUUGUUUUUUUUUUCGUUCUCUUCGAACUAUUCUUAUUAAUUUUUUCUCUUCUUUUUUUUCAUAUUUUAUAUAGGAUUCAUUUUUACUCGUCGUUUUAUCGUUUUAGCGGAAAAAAUUGAAAAAAAAAAUGAAAAAUGCGAUAAACAUAUCUUUUGUGUAUAUUUUAAAAAACGUGUUUGUGUGUCUAUUGUUUGUGUAUGUAAAUUCUCAUUCUCUUUCUUCCCCCUUUCUCCCCUUUGUUUACAUUUUUAAAUUCAUGUUUGUGCGUGGUAUCCGUUUUUAACCCCUUUUUUGCUCUUUGAGUGAUCGCUGACCCUGUGGAAACCUUUGCAAAAUAAGUAUCUCGAAUGUUGAUGUGGUUUGUCGAUACGUAUGUAAUAUUAUGUAGUUGGAUGAUUGAAUUACUUAUACAAUGAGGUCCGGAUGGGUUAGAGUCCGAGGAAAGGGGGGCUGUAACGAUAACAACUCCACGAAGUUAGAAUCUCAUUUCAUUUCGUACUGCUCUCGUAACUUUAAUUCGUAGUAUAGCGCGAAUCUCGAACGUUUUGUUGUUUUGUUGUUUUUUUUUUCGCGGUGUAAUUUGGCGAUAAAUUUAACCCGAAGUGUACAUCGUGUGAUACUACAGAGGAACGAAUCUCGUCGGUUGAGAUUUGCUCGUCAGAUGAAGGGAGAGAGAGGGUGUCGAGUGGGUACGACGAACGCCAUCGCCAUCGCCUUCGCCUUCGCCAUAUUGUUAUAUAAGUAUAAGAAGAGAAGCUUGUGCCGAUGAGAGACGUUGGCUGGUAGAUUAGCCAGCGUAAAUGUGGCGUUGAAAAGGAUAAUUCGUCGGUGUGUGGGAGGGAUGCAGGUUGCCCCGGCGGGCGGCAGCGCCAUGCUCAACCAGAAGAGGAAGCGGCGAAUUCCGAAGCUCGAAAAGCUCGUUAAGUCGGCAAUGAUUCGUAAAGUAACGGGUAAUUUCUAGUUAGGGUGAAAGAAUUAGUUUGAAUAAUUUAUUCGGAGGAUGGCGUUUUUUUUUUUACUCCACUUCGCCCUGCCUCGCGGUUGUCGGGAUUGAAAUUCGGUAACGAGAUUUUCCACCAUAGCCGGAUUGGAAUUUGGUGAGAAGGAACGCGAACGUGCGAUUGAAUAAUCGAUUUAGUAAUACGUCGCGAAAUGAGCGAGCAAAUGAACGAAGCAAGAUCCGGUGGCCUGGAUUCGACGAAUACGAUGAGUUGCAUGAUAACGAUGUUGUAAGCUGAAGAGAUGCGAUUCCUUUUGAGUAAUUGGCCAUGGUGAAUGGUGAGAGAAACAGGACAUCUUGGGUUAGAUGCUUUUGGCGAUUGUCGGGUACCAGAUUCGGAUGCUUUUUGAAAUCGAGUACGCGUGUAAUUGCGUUAGAAAAGGGUUAUGCGAAAGAGACCGAGUCUUGGAUGGUGUUGUUGUUCGGAGAAAUUUGAAAAUUACCUUGAUUGCUUGGAAUUGUAGAUGGUUUGAAAUUGGUAACGUAAUUUUGAUCAGGUUCAAAAGUUAGCUUAGAUAAAAUACAAAUAUAAAACUUUGCCAUUUUGCAAAGUUCUCCCAUAAGUAAAUAAUUUCUCCAAAUUGAUAAAUUUUUUUUUUCAAAAAAAGUUCCAAUUAAAAAUUGAAAUUGUCGGAGAAAUGAACGACAUAUUCGAAUCUUCGAAAUUGCUCGUCAUCGUUGUAAGGCUGUGAGAGAACUUAUUGGAAAUGUACAUAAAUACAUUCCAGAAUGAAAAAUGCAUUCCAUACUAAAACCUGAAUCGAACCACUAAUAGUAAUAUGUAGUUGAAAACAAAAACGAAUUUAACGACUCGAAUGUAAAUUUUAUUUUCUUUGUAUGUGUUUUUCCUCAAUAUUCGUAAAUGAGACUGAGAAUGCGAAGCGAAAUAUGUACAAUCAUAACCGUGUAUUUUAUUGCUCCAUUUAUCCCUCAUUUCGUAUUAUUGUUUUAGGAAUCGAUUAGGUAAUUUUUUUUAAGUAGGGUAAAGGUUAAAAUUGAGAGUAGAAUCAAAUAGAGCAAUCUUUGCCAUGUCUCGGAAAAUUUUUCUUAAUUCAUUCUUUUUUUUUUGUAGAAUUUUAAAACUUUAAUUUUCAUGUUGAACUAACAGAUUUUUUUUCACUGUUGGAAAAAUGGCCGAGGUUGGCAGCCCUGAAUGGAGGUUUUAGUUGAGUUGAAUUGUGCUUAUUUUCAGUUUAUGAAUCAUUUUUACUGUGAAUCGUUCGCGAACGAUGACCACUUUGCUAAGCACAAUUUGAAUUUCUUGAAUUUAAUGCCACCAAUCUGCCUAAAAUGAUUCAGUCGUUCGCGAACGAUUUUUUUUUUUAAAAGUAAUCAAUCGUAAUUCAUUUAUACUUUUCAUCAUUUGCAAAAUUAUGUGCAAAAAAAAGUGAUUCGCAUGAUAGUGAACAAAUCGUUCUAUUCGUGAUUCGUUCGUUCGCAAACGAUUUGAUCAUCAAUCGAGUAAUCGUAUUUGAGUAAAUUUGUUUAAUAAAGAGAAUUCAAAAGAUCAGAAAAAUGUCAAUUUGAGGAGAAGUUGUCGAUUAUUUGGUUCAAAAUGUGAUUCAAUCGGUCGCGAACGAUUUGUUGAAAAUGAUUAAUUUUGUUCAACCAUCAAAAAUAUGAUUUGUUUUUGCUUUGAAAAUUCAUGUGUGGAAAGUUUGUCGAUUAUAGUUCAUAAAAUAAUUCAGUCGGUCGCGAACGAUUCGAGGAAAGUGAUUCAGUCAGUCGCGACUCGCGAACGAUUUGCUUUUUGAAAUUUGCAGUUUUAUAAAGAAUAAUGAAAGCAGUCUUGAACAACUCAUUUUGAAUGAUUUGAUUUGAUCGUUUUUGAACGAUUUGAAUCUAGUGAUUCAGUCGUUCGUGAUUCGUGAACGAUUCGUGGCAAGUUAUUUGGUCAGUCGUUGACAAUUUUGCUUUGCUAUGUCUUUUGCAGUUUUUUUUUAAUGAACAUGUUCUUGAACAACUCAGUCAUUUUUUAUUUUUGGGUGAUUUAGUCGUUCCGAACCAUUCAAUUCGAGUGAGCUAGCCGUUCCUGAAUGAUUCGAGUGAUUGCGUCGUUCGUGAAUGAUUCGAGUGACUCAGUCGUUCGUGAACGAUUUGAAUGAUUCAGUCGUUCGUGAACGAUUUGAAUGAUUCAGUCGUUCGUGAAUGAUUCAAAUGAUUCAAUCGCGUUCGUGAACGGUUCGAAUGAUUCAGUCGUUCGUGAAUGAUUUGAGUGACUCAGUCGUUCGUGAAUGAUUUGAGUGACUCAGUCGUUCGUGAACGAUUUGAAUGAUUCAGUCGUUCGUGAACGAUUCGAAUGAUUCAGUCGUUCGUGAACGAUUCGAAUGAUUCAGUCGUUCGUGAACGAUUCGAAUGAUUCAGUCGUUCGUGAACGAUUCAAAUGAUUCAUUUUAGUCGUUCGUGAACGAUUCGAAUGAUUCAUUUUAGUCGUUCGUGAACGAUUCGAAUGAUUCAUUUUAGUCGUUCGUGAACGAUCCGAAUGAUUCAUUUUAGUCGUUCGUAAACGAUUCAAAUGAUUCAUUUCAGUCGUUCGUGAAUGAUUCGAGUAACUCAAUCGCUCGUGAAAGAUUUGAAUAUUUACUCGUUCUCGAACGAGUCGAUUCAAGUGAUUCAGUCGCAGGUCCUUAGCUGAAAUUUGGAACCAACGCAUCUUCAAUUCGUUCUUGAAUGAUUCGUUCGAAUAAAGAUUCAUUAUAGUGGAAUGAAUUCAAUUUCUGAUGAUAUUUUUUAUGAAAAUAGCUCAAGUCAUUCUUUCUGUUCCGGCCUUUUGUAGUUUGAACAGUAAGACAAUAUUUCGCGAACGAUUCGUUGAUAGUGAUUCGGUCGGUCGUGAAUGAUUCGCUCUGUAAAAAUCUUUCACAAUUUUUAAAAACCGUAAUUGGAGCAUUCUUCAAUGACUUUUUCUUCCAAACUAAUUCUGUCAAAAUUUUUCGAAAUGAAGCUGUAGUCAAUCUCUCUUGAACUCGUUCGUGAAUGAUUCGUUCGAAUAAUGGUUCAUUUGAUGAAUCGAAUCAGUUUAGAUGGUAAUUUUUGAACCAUGCGAAUUAUUAUUUUGUAUUUCGGUCUUGAUCAUUCUGUUUGCUUUAGAUUCAGUUUUAUAGUUCGCGAACGAUUCACAUUCUAAUCAAAAUUCAUUGCUAGCAUCAAAACUUUAAAAUACCCCAUUCAAAAAAUAAAAUCAAAAAAAGUUGUGUUUUUUUGUAAAAAUCAAAUUUUGUUAUUUUUUUGUUCAUUUUCAAAUUUAUGAUAAGAUUUUGAAACUCGCCAAAGUACCUAUAAUCAAUGCCAUUUGUUCAUAUUCUCGUCACUGUGGAUCUCGUGGACCAAUUUCUACGAUAUUCGUAUUGGUUGUCGUAUUCAUCGUCGCUAUCCAACACUUUAAUAAGGUUUUACCGAAGUACAAAAUUUUAACCAUGUCAGAGAGGGGGGAGAGUGUAUAAAAUACGUACACGUCAUUUUAAAUUAGUUACCAGUUCUUCCACGACGAAGCGUAGAAACGAACGAAAUCGCACAUUUGACAUUUUAAAAGCUUGGAAAUCAAUUUACCUGAAAUUUUCCUCGAAAAUGAUCCCCACUCUGUGCUGUUUUACGCCUUUGUUCGCCUCUAGUAUCAAGUAUCAGCAAAUACAGGCGACAGACGGACGCCAAAUUGGGUGAACUUGACCCUUCAAAAGUACCUACGGUGCUGAUUUUCGUCUUAAUAGCCUAUAUAAGAAAGGUGACUUAUUCAACAGUUCAACACGUGCCUAGCAACUCUCCCUUAUUACUCGAUAAUUCGCGUAUUGUACGUAGUUGGAAACAGGGUGCUUUUCUGUGUGACUUUGUGAUGCCUGUUCCAUGGUUUAGCUUUCGUUAUCUCGUAAGGACACCUUAGGUGAUGGUUUAGGUGCAAGAUAGGCAGCCUUCGUUGUGAUUUAAUAGUGCAAUUAGUUGUCGAAUGAAGAGACAGACGCUAAAGAUGGAAAACCAAAGGCUCUCGAGCUGGUCGUAUUUACGAAUAAAUUUUGCCAUAUAUACCACUUGCCUCUCUCUCUUUUUACUCUUUAGUGAUUCUCGCUUCGAUAGUUACCUAUGUUGUUAUUUUUCUUCUAUUUUUUUCUUUCUUUUUGUUCGUUCUAUUUGUUUUUGUGUUUAUAUGUACUUUUAUUGCCACUCGUCGUUUUAUACUAUGUACGUGUUUGAUGGAAAUUUGAAAUUUCGUACCAAUUUUUGGAAAAAUUUAUACGCACAAUUAGUCGGUACCUAGACCUACCGUGCUCUGAUAGGUGAACGUGUAUUGUCGUGUACGAUGGUUUUACGAUGAACGAUGUUUUUCUUUUUAUGUUUGUUUUCCUUCGAGUUACCCAGCAAUUAAGAUUUGUUUACCUGCAAGGCGUGUCCGAAAAUGGAAAACUCGACCAACUAACACCUGCUUUAUUUUUCUACUCGUCUCUCAGUCUUCACCUCUUCACCCAUCAACCGCGAAUCUUCCGUUUUUACGUACUCGUAACAACUUGACAGCCAGCGAAAAAUAGUAUACAACUGCGAGAAAAAGUUACCAUCAUUCGAUGAAAAUUUACCCAGAGAAGAAGAAAGAGAGAGGUGAAGGGAAAAAAAAGCAGGUGGUCGAUUUUUUCCAUCGAAAGAUGUGCGCACGCGACGAAACAACACGCUGAGGUGUAGGUAAUAUUUUUAUUUCGAAACAAUCAUUUUUACGAAUCGUAGGUCGUUUUCUAACAGCCAUUGUAGAUUUUUAUUGUUUGUAAAUGUAAUUCGAUGAUAUAUUUUUACGUAUUAUAUUAUAAAUAUAUUUAUAUAGAUUGUUGUUUUUUUCUUUUUUCUUUUUUUUUCUACGUUUUAUAUUUUUAUUUUAUAUUGUGAUUAGAAAUCCCCCUUUUUUUUUCUUUUUUUCCCUUUUUUUUUCUAAUAAAAAAGUGCAAUGUAGGUAGAAUGCAUUUAUACGGUAAGCGUUCGUUAUUGUUUGAUGAACCAGCGCAAAUACAUAGCGGUAUGAAUUCUAUAUUUUAACGUUAUCUAUGUUAAUCAAUCAACGUUUUAUCUAUUGUUUUAAAAAUACAUAGUUUGUAAAUAAAGUAUCGUUCAUUUUA